UCUACGUUCCAGGCCAAGCGUGUUGGCGUGGUGUUGGCCCCUAAUAUUGAGGUUAAGUUUGUGAUUUUAUUGGUUGUAUGAUAUAAAGCCAAGCAUAACAAAGGUGUAUCCGAGAAUAGAAUUUGUGUAAACCUUUUGAGUUUUCGAAAAGCUUCUUUGAAGUCAUUUGGGGCACUCCCAGGCGCAAAUGGAUGCAAAUCACUGGAAAUAUGUAUAUUAAAACCAUGUCAAUAAUACGGCACGGCAAGCUCUUUACUUCGUGCUUCGUUUCAAUCAUGACGAAGUCCCAUUAGGUGACAGUAUGUCUGACACUACAAGUUAUGAUGCCGCGAAUGAAAGUGAUGGCUGGCAUAUAGAAGCGGUGCUAGGACCUGAGUACUCUGAACCUGUCCGCACUGUGGAUGCUGUAGUUGAUGUCGUCGUGGAUCGACGCCAUACCUCACGUCUCGUGCAGGACCUGCAAAGGCUCUGUCCCAUUCCCAGUCUGAGGCACUUGAAAAGAGUGUGCCCCGACGGGCGCAUCCUCAUUCAACUUGCAACUGACUCUCCGGGACAUGAAGGCUCCGAUUCCGACAAGAAUUCUUCCAGAACUAGCAAGUGUUCACCUUUGCCUCAAGAGUGCAAAAAUAAGAGAUCUUUCUCUGAGACUGUAACAGAUAGUGAUUCUGGACCACAAGAUGGAUCUACGAGUUCAGAACAAUUGUAUUCCACCAGCAAGUCAGUAUUGCUUGAUGAACAAAAAAAUGAGCGGGCGCUGCCGCGGGGGCUGGACGCGAGCGGGCUGCGCGGCCGGCCCGAGCGCUGCGCGGUGCCGGCGUCGCCGCCCCUGACGCGCGCGCAGUUCACCCACGCGCAGCGCCUCUGGUCCUGCAACUUCCACCCGGCAAAGUCUGCAGCUGCAGCAGUGCAUCCACACGAUGGCUCAUUGGUAGCUUUGGCUGUGGAUGCAAGGGAUGAGCAUCCCCUGCAACAUGCAGCAAUGAGGCUUGUUGAUCUGGUAGCUCGUACUCAAUGUGGAGGGGUAUGGACUCCACUGCCUAAAGAAGAAAUCAAGAAAGGACGAACUGGUUACAGGGCCGGUGCAGAUCAAAAACUAAAAGUCAAGAAAGGGAAAGCCAGGAAACACACUACAAUGAAAAUGAAAGGGACAAAAAGAACUUAUGGAGAAAUGGAACAACAAAUUGCAACUCUUCAGAUUGCUAGGUCAGAAACUGAGGAUUCAGCAUCAAGCCAGCAAGGAAACGAUGGUGGUAAUGAUAGGAAAAAUUCUUCGGAUAGCCAGAGCACCUACUGCAAAGAAAAUCGAGUCUUUGUUGAAAGUGUUUCAAAUGCCAGUGGUAAGGAUUCUUUACCUUACCUGUGCACUGGACUGGAUGUUGUCAUGACACAUGAGCCAUGUGCAAUGUGUGCUAUGGCACUAACUCAUGCACGAACUCGCUGUGUGUUUUUUUCUGAAGACAAUUCCAACUGUGGUGUGUUAUAUUCGCACUCACCCCCACUUCAAAUACUUCCUGGACUUAACCAUCGAUUACAAGUAUUUCAUGCUUAUCUACCUGAAGGGAAACGAUAGAAAUAAACUGUUAUUAAAUAGAUGCUGAUUUAAAAUGAAAAAUCUUCCUAAGGAAGCCAUGAAAUAGUGCUGAUUUUAACAGAUUGGUAAUAGGCAUGAGGAAAAUAAAAAUUGAUCUUUCAUAUUAGAGUUUUCGGAGUCGUCCAUAAAUUACAUAAUGCUAAACUUGGAAGGCUCUGUUAUGUAAGGCAAGGAGAUUUAGUUUAGUUCCUGUCUUAUGUUAAGACUGCAAAACAUUGAAUUUAUUUUUAAAUAUGUAAAUAAAUUAAAAAGUUAUGAUGCCUAUGUGUCCUUCCAUCUCUCAAAAAUUCUCCCCACUCUUUUGUGUAGACAGCAUUGACAACUGAUUCUGACAGUCAAUGACAUUUUGGUUUUAUUCAUCUGGCAUAAUUGAAGGAGUUUAUAUUCAUUUUUUAAUCCUGUGUAAUUACAUGCAAAUAAUGUAUUUAUUAAACUCAGGCUAUUAACUUCCAUUGCUGUGAGUUGUUUUGUAGUGUAUUGUAAGCAAUAUCAACUGUCGUGUUUUUGCUGACAAAAUUUGAUUAGGUGAUAACUAGAACCCAAUUUAUUUUUUAAUAAAUAUUUUUGAAUUUAAGAAAUAAAUAUUUUAUCAACAAUUGCUCACUAGACAAUUUUCUUAUACUUUUGCAGGAGAGAGAAAUGUAUUAAUUUUUUGGCAGAGAGUAUUUUUUUAAGUUUUUAGCAAAGGGCAAUAAAGCAAAUCACUAUGCCCCCUCAGAAUUCUGUAAUGAAUUGCCUGUGUAUAUAUAGUCGACUCCGGUUAUGGUGAAUUGGGGACUAACAUUUUUGGUUCACUAUAUCCGAUGACGUUAAAAUGAAAUAGAAUUUCUCCACAAUGAUUGAUUUUAUAAUUACAGAGAUACAACAAAAUACAUAAACGGCACAAACUGAAAAUUUCACUAUUUUUAUUUUUUCUUAGGAAAAUCAAUUAUUUUCAAUAGUUUGCUUUGUAUAUUUUUCAUUAGUAACUUCUCUACAUCCUUCUCCAGAAUUCGUGCUCUCUCCAUACUUGAUUCUGCAUUGUCCACAGUCUUGGUGUCGUAAUGCAGUCUUUAUACCCUUCAAUACCUCUUGCUCUGUCCCGCUUUUCCAAGGCCCUUUUACUCACCUAAUAACAUAUGAUAUCCUUUUGGUUGCGAAAUGGUGCGAGCGGCUAAUAAAACUGAUCGUUCCCGUUCGGAACGUCGGGAAUCACCAGGCUGUGGCAGUCGCGCGCGCUUCCUGUCGCCUACAUAGAACACAACGCGCUUUGUCCAACAGAAUAUCAAGUAAUAUAAAGCUUGAAACUAAAGUAAGCAAACGCAUGACGCUCAUGCAGUUCUAGCUCAUGCAGGACAAGGCCAUUGUUUCUGCAGUGGAUUUGUGUGGCAUUAGAAUAUCAGUGAGGUUUUCAUUCUGGAUUCGCUACGAUCACAUCAGGGGAGACUUGUUCGAUUAUGACCUUUGGCCAAUUUUAUUUUUCAAGCUUCCGUGUGUUGGAAUUUGUGGCACUGAGGUGAUGUACUGUUUCCAGGAGGGAGUUCAUUUCUAGAUCGCUGUAUUUCCUAGAACCGAGGUUCAGGUUCACUAUAACCGAAUCUUCUUAUGCUAAUUUGUAAUGUAAGUGAAACGGGACCAGUGACUUAAGUUCACUAUAUCCAAGUUCACUAUAACCAGAGUCAACUGUACAUAUUGGCUGUACACAACUUGUGAUACUGCUCGGAAGUAAUUAUCAGUGUGCAAGGUAUUGCGUUGUUUGUGAUAAAACUGGGGCCAGCAAUACAAUGAAU